AUGGCUGAGAUUGUUGGCACAGUUGCGUCUGUCGCUCAGCUUGUCCAACUGAGUGGUGCCCUACUCGCUGGCGGCUACAACUUCCUAUCGAAGGUCGCGCGAGCGCCCAGCGAGAUCCGGAGUCUCCUGACGGAAACCGCGGCCGUCAACAGCCUUCUUGCGCAAAUUCAGCAAAUCGCAGAUACAUCGCCCAAGGCAGCUGCAGACGAUGCGCUACAGGCUCUUGAACGGGUUGGUGUCUUUGAAGAAUGUCAGUCAACGCUCAAGUCGAUCGAGCGGGCGCUGGCAAAAUGCGAGCAGGUCAAUGGUCAAGAUGCAAAGAACUUUGGAAGGAAACUGAUGUGGCCGUUCAAAGAGAAAGAGACCAAAGACGCUCUGCAGAGACUUCAUCACAUGCGUGGAUUACUUGCGAAUGCUAUCGAGGCCAACUCUGCAUCCGCGAUACGGCGCAUCGAACUAGGACAAGGCCUCAUAUUAAAUGAGAUGAAGGAUAUGUCUGAGCAGCUGCGUGCGCAGAUGAGUCGUGAGGAAACACAGAAGCUCAAAGCCUCACAACAAUACACAACUCCGGAAAGAGCGCGGGCUGCCGUAUCAGAACCCUUCUUACGAGCCGAUUCGAUGCUCGCACUCAAGGGCGAUAUCCAAACCUUGCACUACAUCAAAGAAGAACUUCAAUUGCGCCUAGCCAAUGGUAUAUUGAAAUUGAGGAACAAAAGCAUUCUGCCUAUCAUAGAGCGGCAUAUUUCCCUCUGCGCAGGCACAAUACUACAGGCACGUUUGCAGAUCGACUAUAUUUGUGCAGCGAAGUCGGAUAAGGAAAUCAAGCACAUGAUACAAAGACUACCAAAUGGGCUUGGAUACACGUACCAGAUACUUCUACACAAUAUCGCUGCGCGAUACCCAACUAAGAUUCAAGAGGUACAAAAGUUGUUCCGGUGUCUUGUUGCUGCUGCUUCGCCCAUGACUGCUCGCCAGCUAGCAGAGGUCUUGGCCAUAGAACCCGAGGAACAUGAUUUGGACCAUGACGCUGUAGCUACGGAUCCGUACGAUGUCCUGGAACCAGUAUCUGCUCUUGUACGCAUCGAAGACUUGAACGGACUGAUCAGCGUAGUGAAGCUCUGUCAUUACUCAUUUCAAGAGUAUCUCAGCUCUGAUGAGAUUCGACAAAGCCCAGCUAACGAAUUUUACGUCGACAAGGACGAGGCACAUGCUUGGAUGACUGGCUUGUGUCUACGGUAUCUCACUUUCGAUGCGUUCAGGAAGCCACUGGACGAAAGUCUGGAUCCGGAUGUCGGUGAGACAUACGUGUUCCGCGUAUAUGCCGCGUUCAACUGGUACAGACAUGCGACGCUUGUAGAAGACUACUGGUCUGCGAAAGAUAUCCCCAUCCCUUUCGUGUAUCUGUUCUUUGAUUCAGAGGAGGGUCCACCUUGCUACACGAGAUGGCAGGAACUGCUUGCGACCACGUACACAGACACGGACUUUUUCGAUUAUUCUCCCAUCUGCCUAUGUAUUUGGCUCGGCUUAAACGCUACUGCAACAGAUUUGAUCUAG